AUGGCAUUCGACCCCCGCCUAUUCGAGUGCGCGGGCUUGUCCCGCGACGAAUUGGUAACGAAGGAUAUGGGUCCUCCUGGAAACAGCGAGGACCUAAUGGGUGAUGUGGAGCAGGUCUCUCUCGAUGAGGAGGUUCUCAACGAAGAAGCGCCGCAGCGGCAUCAAAUGCUACUUAAGGCUGUAGUUCCGGAGCGAGUUAUUAUGCUUAAAUAUGCUGUGGCAGGUCUUUCUUCUCCAUUUCUGUACCAUCUAACACCUGAAACCAUAAGCUCAUCGAAGGUGCAGGAUCGAUCAUCAACGGUGUCUGGACAGGGACCUGGAGCUGUCGACGUCCUUAGAGGAGGUUCCAGGGAACUCCACGCCAAAGACGGUCUGAGCGCAAACGACGAUUCGUCGUCCCUGUGCUCAAUGCAAGCUCAACAGGAUGAACACCUCGCGGCAGUUCAAGGCCUCCUGCGGAGGGCAUGCACUGUCCAUGUUGGCCCGAAUCAACGCCUUUUUUACAUGAACCAUGAAACUCGAACAACUUCGUGGGUUCCCCCUGUUGAAGCUUGGCGAGACCCUACGCUGCCAUAUGGUUGGGAGCACUCCGUCGAUUCCAAAGGCGUAGACUACUACAUCAACCAUGUAAAUAAAACGACAACCUACAACAACCCGAGGAACGAUUAUACUUUAGAAGAGCCUCCUCCGGCCCCUAGAGAGGUCAUACUUGAGCGACACCAGGAAUUAGGUUUUGGCUUUGUCGCUGGCUCUGAACGUCCUGUGAUUGUUCGUUUUGUGACUGAGGGAGGCCCAUCCGAGAGCAGAUUGUUGCCCGGGGACGAAAUCCUUGCGAUUAACGGUCAGGACGUGAAAACGGCGCCGCGCGAACAAGUGAUCGACAUGGUCAAGUCAUGUCAAUCCAGUGUCACGCUCGUUGUGUGCCAACCUGUCACAAACAAUACCACGAAGAAAUCCGCUCUCCUCACGGCGGCGAAAAAAGCGAAGCUUCGAUCAAGACCGUCCCGAGUUCGAUUCGCCGAGGGCGUUGUAAUUAACGGUAGUCCAUUGUAUAGUUCCGAUUUAGAAGGUUCACCGAUACCCAACGUGAUGAAGGUCUUCCUUGAGAACGGUCACACUAAGAGCUUCAAAUACGACAACUCUACGUCAGUCUCAUCGGUUCUGGAUGUUCUCAAAGAGAAAGCUGGUAUUUCCGAUAGCGCCGCAGAUCUCUUCGGUCUUGUUGUGGAGCAGCUCAAAAGCGUAGGUGGACGCAAAAAUAAAAUCACUCUACUAGACCCACGCGAAACGCUAGCGAAGAUCGCAGCCUUACCAGGCUCACACAAUCUGCGGUGUCUCUUUCGCGUCGCCCUCCUCCCUUCGGACCCCUACGAGCUACUCCAGUCCUGUCCACAGUCUUUCGAAUAUCUGUAUCAGCAGUGCUGUAAUGAUCUCGUCCACGACAAGAUCACCCCCCAGGUCGAAGCUCAUGUGGCUCUUCGGCUCGCAUCUCUUCAUUUGCACCAACAUUUGCUCACACAAGGUCUCCAAGGCAAACCCAACGGGAUCAAGCAGAUCGAGGGAGAAUGUGGCCUUACACGAUUUGUGCCUUGGUCCCUACUCGAGUCCAUGAAGCGGAAACAACUACGGAAAAUCUUAGCUCAAUUCAUGAAACAGAACGAAGGUCUCUGUUCUCCCGGACAGAAGCAGCUGACGCCGUUGCAGGCCAAAUUGCAUUUUCUCAAAAUCAUGUCGGAGCAGCAAGGUUACGGAUGUCGAUUCCUAGAACCCGUUGUCGAAUGUGAGGGUUCGACGUUCCACCAGGGCGAGUAUAUUUUGUUGAGUGGUCGUAUAGGACUGUGCAAGUUCCAUCGGCCACCCGUGCACCCUCUCAAUGCACACUCAGUCCCCCAUCUGCACAACCAUCAUCAGCAACCGCAACAAAUGCAGAUCAACAUAGACAAAGUGCCUCCGAAAAACUCGGAUUCCUCCGUGCCACCCGUGGCUAUCGAGGAACGCGGUGAUGGGAGCGUUUCUUUGACGGCGAGCGCAAACAAUCACCAGCCCAUAUCGGAGUUAGUGAAAAUAGAGAACAUCGGCAAGGUAGUCAUAUCGAAAGAGGACGAUUUCACAUACAUCAUCAACAUUCUACCGACGAAUAUCGUGAUCGGAAUGGAAGAGCGACCUAUGUUGGAACUCGUUCUGCUACUGAAAGGUUACUACCAGUUGCUGAGGCAUGAAGAACUUUAUGUGGAGUGGCAGACUAUAAAUCCCUGGGAGAUCGAGACGGCUCCGGUGUAUCACGGAAGUCAUUUAGUCGUUCCGCGAAACUGGAGUUAUUGUCCCCCUCUCGAAGACGACGGCUCCCCCGAAGGGCUCCGCAAAAUGGACUUCUCGUUCCCGACUCCACCAUACGUGCCCAACGAGGUGAUCCUGAGCGAGUUCCGAAGCAUUUCCCGGAGCAGUUCAACGACAGGAUCUCAAAGGAAUCUAGAUUUCAACAUGAAUCUAGCCAAUCGUUUCGAACUCAAUGCGGAAUCCAUUCACGCGAGUCCGUCCGUGGCCAAGCCGAUAGAGACCAUCAAUCAUCGCGUUGUGGCCCGUCAGUUGGAGAAAGCUUAUCAGCAGAUGCGGGACAGCCCCGUACACUUCACGUUGGGCGACGACGACGGUCUCCCGUCGGCCACGACGCCAGAUAUACUCGGGCAAGUCAGACCUGACGACGUCGGCUCCAUCAACGAGAGUACGUCGUCAGGCGAAACCAAUGACGACAAACCGCCGCAUCUAAAGGCCGCAGACUCAUUGUUGCUCUUAGCCGCGGCCGCUGGUGCUGAGGUCGCGACGAUCUCGAAAGAGAUCUCUACUGAAGAUUCCGAUGACUCUAGCGAUACUAGUAAUAUAACGAAGAACGGAAGGAACCUCAAGGACAUCUUGACUAGAGACCAUCCCGACCGAAAUAGUUUAUCGAGUAACUCCUCGGGCAAUUCGACGAAUAACAUGCAGUCGUUCACUGGACCCUUCGACGGUCCACCCGUGCGUGCUUCAUUUGCCAAUUAUACAGAUACCUUGAGAAAAUACGAGGCCAUGGCUCUUCGGGAGACGUUACCCAAUGAGCAGGGGACCGACUCUGGCAAUCCGCAUAGCGUAACUCGGAUUGAGCUUCCAGCUGAAGGCAGUCUGGGCAACGCAAUUUUCGAUGUCGGCGAAGUGAUAGACCUGACCUUGCUGCCUCCACCGUCUACACCGGAUUUGGUGGAUUUCGCAGAUUUGGCCGAUCUGGGCCCCCUGAUAAUCCCUCCGCCCCCGCCGCCGAUCGAGUUUUGUACCCAAAACGAAAUCAUCGCGCGUUUCGAGCAAGCUUCUAGGGAUAUCUACGACAUCAUUCAGACUCCCCCACCAAAGGCUCCGCCACGCCAAAAACGAGGUUCUCCUGAACCAGUUAAGCCAAUCCGACUCUCUCAACAUCUUCCGGCACCACCUCCUGAUCUCGAGGGUGUCUCUUUGAGCACGGCCAGGACAACGUCUUCAUCAUCCAGUCCUCCGUCCGUGGUGAGCUUCGUGAAGAAGGCGUCCGCUGAGCAAAACAGCGGGUUCGUACGAGCCCAGCAACAAAUUCUGACUAUGGCGUCUCGGCUGAAACGAGUCCAUUCGAUGAAGAAUCAAAGUAGUGUCACAAAGCGAGACCCGAUCAAAUUGUCCCAGGCUCACGACGCGUUGAUUUCCGAAGCCCGCCAGUUCGUAACUAGCUCAAAAUUGUUAGUUAAGGAAAUGGUGCUGAAAUCCCAGAAGAGAGACAUAGGAAGCGUCCAGGUCGAGAAACUCCACGACCAUUUGAUCACGUGCGUCGCCCUGCUGGAGCGAAUGUUCCUUUACUGCGAAACAGUCUUGAUGCAGAGCGCGGAGGUGUGUCAUCCUCUUGCCGAUCAGAUGGAUAAAACGGCCAUGGAGUUCCACAAGAUUAUCGGGAUAUACCAAACAGGAGAAGGUACGACCGAAGAAGAAAUUGGAGGUCAGUUGGCCAGAACCCUCAACUCGUUGAUGCGAAUUCUCCGAACUUGAACGUCCGGAACAAUCGGACAGGGCUCUCAAGUGUUCAAAGUUUAAUUGUCGUGGUCGCUGUGUGCCUCUUCUCAUCGAACGAGUCCGGUGGACCCUCACCGAGGCACCGAGCUGCAUUCACCGUAUAUCCGAUACGAUAUACGCGAUAGUGAAAUGGACCAUCGUCACAACACAGAAACGAUAUACAUCGAAAAAGCGAUAAAGGAAGUGGAUCGACUUUAGGAUUCAUAAUCAGACUACGUAGAGAAACCUGUGCAACCUGCUAGCGUGCAAUUCGUAGGCGGAUACGAGGAACUUAGUUAU